CUCACCUCCGGCACUGCUCUCUCCCGUAGGAUCAGUACGCCAAUGCUUUCCUGCAUGACGACAACGUGAAUUUCCGAGUAAACCUGCACAGAAUGCCCAUGAGGCACAGGAAGAAAGCCGCAGACAGAAACCUGCCCUGCCGCCCCCUGGUGUGCGCGGUGCUCGAUCUGAUGGUGGAGUUCAUCGUAACGCACAUGAUGAAAGAGUUUCCUAUGGAUCUCUAUGUGCGGUGCGUCCAGAUCGUUCACAAGCUGCUGUGCUACCAGAAGAAAUGCCGCGUGAGGCUUCAUUACACCUGGCGGGAGCUGUGGUCAGCGCUCAUCAACUUGCUGAAGUUCCUCAUGUCCAACGAGACCGUGCUGUUGGCAAAACACAACAUCUUCACCUUGGCGCUCAUGGUAGUGAACUUGUUCAACAUGUUCAUCACGUACGGAGACACCUUCCUCCCCACGCCCAGCAGCUACGACGAGCUGUACUAUGAGAUCAUCCGGAUGCACCAGAAUUUCGAUAACCUCUACUCCAUGGUGCUGCGGCUCUCCACCAAUGCCGGCCAGUGGAAGGAGCCCGCCAGCAAGGUGACCCACGCGCUGGUCAACAUUCGGUAAGGCCUGGCGCU